AGUGUAACUAUAGAAUAAUAGAAUUUAUAAAUACACUAGAUUCUAGAGUGUCACUUCUCUAGAUUAUGCCUAGAACCCUAGUUAGUAGUUACUAGAUCUAGUCUUUAGAAUUAGACUAGAAGACAGUAAAGUUUUAAUUAAAUUAAAGUUAGAUCUAGAAUUCUAGAUCUAGAAUCUAGAUUAUUUGGACAAUUUGGUAAUAUUUCUAGAUUAUAUUAAAUAUAAAGAUUAUUCGUCUCCUUUGAUGGGAAGUUUUACCAAUUAUUCUAGAUCUACUACUAUUAGUCACAUUUAAUGUUGCAGAGAUUUAUUUUUACAUAAGAAUAAUUUUUGUACUUUGUGGGGUAGAGUCAUUCAAGUUUCAUCAUGACAGAAAGUGAACCUUAUACUCAGCUGAUCAAGGAAGUCAGAGAAAAAAGCCAAAGUUUCAAUCCUAGCCCACUUAUAAAACGUGAUUUUAUUUCACUUUCUGAUGGCCAAAAUGAAAACAUGCGAAAGGAUAACAUCUUCAGAAUCAUGCAAUGGAAUUUACUUGCUCAAGGUCUGUGUCAGUCAAGUGAUGGAUUUAUCCUUUGCCCUUCAGCUGCUCUGAACUGGUGCUAUCGCCAGUACCAUAUACUAGAAGAACUUCUUUCAUACUCAGUGGAUAUAUUCUUCCUAGAAGAAGUAGACCAAUUUAAUUAUAUUAAAACAUGCCUGGAAAAAAUAAACUUUGAUGGCCUCUUUCUGCCAAAGCCUGAUUCACCAUGCUUGUAUGAAGCUGAAAACUUUGGCUCUGAUGGCUGUGCCAUCUUUUGGAAAAAGGAUAAAUUUGAGCUGAUCAGUCAUGAUGAAUGUAUACUUUUGAAUGAUGCCAAAAAGAAAACCAAUCAGGUUUCUCUCAUCUGCAAAUUCAGAGACUUAGCUUCAGGAAAAGUUUUCAUGUGUGCUGCCACACAUUUGAAGUCCAAGCCUGGCUAUGAGAAUUACAGGUUUCAGCAAGGUAAAUAUCUAGAAAGUAUUCUGCGUGAAAAAGCUGCUGGACUUCCACUGAUCCUAUGUGGUGAUUUCAAUGCAGAACCCUCAGAGUUAGUGGUCCAAGUAAUGAAGUCAAGUGAGCUGGGAUUCCGAAGUGCUUACUCCAAUCUUUCAGAGGAUGGGCAGGAACCACCAUACACAACUUGGAAAGUGCGUUCAGGGAAAUCAGGAAAGAAUGAAGAGGCUUGUCACACCAUAGAUUAUAUUUUUUACACAGAGAAAAAUAUAAAGUGUGUCAAAUUGCUGAAAUUACCAACAGCGGAGCAAAUUGGUCCAGGCCGCUUGCCAUCCUAUUCAUAUCCCUCUGAUCAUUUAUCACUAGCAGCAGACUUUAUACUUCUGUGAUCGUUUUCUGUCAUAAUGUAUUUUAGUUGCAUAAAUAGCUAUUUUUUAAAUAAUGUGAUGAUAUUAACUCAGAAAAAGAACACUUGUAUUGAUUUAUUAAUAAUUUGAUAUUUUAAACACUUAACCUUUGUAACAUAAUAUUUAUAAAUAUGACUGUUUCCUUAGAAUUUGAAGUUGCACUAAACUAUCAUUAAUCCUGAGCUAUUUACCAGACAAUAUAUAGUUGAUUUUAAGCGUGUUCUUUUUAUAUACAUGCAUUUGAAAUCUAGCAUGUAUAAUUAAUCAGAUAUACUGACCCAUUGUUGUUAGGAUAGUAAAUUAGCAAAUAACAAACAACUUAAAAUUAAAUACAAUUUAUUUUUGUCUUAAUUGUUGUUGUUUUUUUCACUUUUGUAGCAUAGAUUUACCAAAUUAUAAGUACUUCAGGUUUUAUUGGAGCAAGAAAAAAAUAAUUCUGAACUAUAUUGUGGAUUUAUUUAAUAUAAAAAAAUUCUUUUCUUGACACUAUUGAGUCUUGGAUUCAUAUAUUAUCCAUUAUUUGUACGUAGAGAAACUAUGAUUUCUGUGAUGUGAGAUCUGUUCUUUCAUUACUACUAAUAACUGACCACUUUGCAGUAUACCAGUACUCAUGAGGAAUAUGCUUACAUACAUUUUUUUUCCGCUCCAUGCCCUUGUUUUACUGAAGUUCUUUUUCUAGCAGUAGGUGGCCUUGGUGUAAUGCUCUAUAGCAUAUUUUACAAUCUAUUGUUUAAAGGAAUUGUAUAUAUGAUAGCCUUUUCUUCUUUAACAUUUCUGAAGGUAGGAGGCUAGUAUUUUUCUUAGACUUAGACUUAGGUCCUCCCGCGCCGUUCGGCGCAUUGGGCCUCAAGCUGUCUCCAUAAUGAUCUGUCACUGGCAAUGUCUGAAGCCUCCUCCCAUCUGGUGUCCACUGUUCUGAGGUCCUCCAUGAAGAUGUGUCGCCAGGUAAUACGAGGACGUCCCUGUUUGCGCUUUCCUCGUUUUGGCUUCCAGGUUAUCGCAACUCUUGGUGUGCGUAAUUCAUUUUGACGUAGAACAUGUCCCGCAAACCUCAUGCGACGCUCAGUCACAACCUCACUAAGUGUUCGACUCCCAGUUCGGCAUAGGAUUUCCUUGUUUGAGAUCCGGUCUGUGUUUCUAGGAGGACAAAAAAGGAAUCGUAGUUUGACACACUUUUAUAGGGUGGAUCUAUUACUACCUCUGCAUGCCCCAUCACAUGAUAGUUGCUGGAUAGACUGAAUGAUGCUGAUAGCUUGACCACAUUUUGUAUCAAGUAGAAAAAUAACUCUAUAAACUUUGUUUUGUGUUGCAAAAAAAACAAACACAUUUGUAUUGCUUUUUUAAAUGAUUUAAUGAUGGCAGAACCACUAUACCUUUUAGGGAAUUAUGAUACCAUGUUAACUUUCCAUUGUAAACUUCAUUCCCUCACAUAAUAUUUUUUAAUAAAGUCCAACAUAUUAAAGACUUAUAACUAAUUCUUAAUUUAUCUUAGACUUUUUAAUGUGUUUGAGGAUACAUUGAAAACCUGUCAAGUCAUUUGUAGCACGUCAAGCUUUUUUUUUUUUUUUUUUUAAAUGUUAGCAUCAUGUUUGAAAUAACAUUAUAGGUUGAACUUUAUUAAUUGCAAUUGUAUUUGGCUGAAAUCGACAUUAUAAAAAUUUGAAAUAUGAUAUUUUGAUAUAUCACUAUAUAUAUAUGGAGUUUGUAUCUUAAGAAAUAUUAUAUGUACAUGUACCCUCUGUUUUUAUGAAAUGAACGAUUUUUUCUAAUCAUAUUUAUUUAAUUAAAGGAACUUACAGAUAUUUUUACCCCCUCCCCCGACAGUAUUACAUAACAAGAUAAUUCAAAUUUAACAAGACUUAUUAUUAAUUAUCAUUUUCCUAAAUUACAUUUCUUAUCAUGGUAUCUUUAGAAUAGAUGAGGAAAGUAUCUAGUUUUGUCAGCGCUACAGUGACAUAUUCAGUUGUUUCCCAAAUACAUAUGCAUUGGGAAAAACUGUGAUGUUAGAAAAAAAACAUGGGGUAUUUUUUUUUUAACUCGUGGUCUAGCCCUUCCGCAAAAGCGAACGUCAUGGGACCACUGAACCUGAAGGGAUAAUGCGAUAAUGUUUGUUCUACAAAUAUAUUGAUCAACCAUAUCUACUCUCUAUUGACUGACCUCAUUUCUCCUUUAGAGUGAUCUAACAUUUAAAAUAUCCCCAAGCAAUGUUGUCCUUACAACCUUCCUAUCACAUUAGUCUGUUUAAAAUAAUAUGUACUUAAUUUGUUGGUUUUUUUUUUUUUGUAUUUUGUUUCCCUUUUUCCCCCUAGUUGUUAUUCCUACCAUGUUGUUGUCAAAGUAACAUCACAAAACUAUGUUGUGGCAAACUGUCAUCUUUUUCUUUUCUUGAUACAAGUUGAUGUCAUUAUGAGUUUUUGUUUGAAAACCAAUAAGUAACUGUUGUAGUGUAGAAGUGAGCUGUGUGCUAGUCAUAUACAACUGUGGUCAUUAGUGGUCUUAACAUGUUGGCAUUGGAAUAGUCUUGGGCAGUCUAACAAAACUGUAAUGUGAUAAUUAUUUUUUUUUACUACAAAAUUACAUUUUUGUUUAAAUUAUAAGAAAUUUAAAAAAUGCACAUUUUAAUUUUACAUCUUGUUGACAAAACAAAAAAAUAAAUAAUUUUGCAAUA